AUGGUGGUGGAAGUGAGCACGGAAAAGCCAGCGCUCGCGUUGGACCAGAAACCGGAGUGGCCCAGGCAGAAGGCAGAGGAGCCGGGAGCCUGCGCGGAGGGUGAAGAGCGACGCGGAGUAGGCGCAGAAACCGAGGACCAGUCUGUCUACUGGCGCGAUCCACGACGCACUCAAGUCAUCUCUGCACAGAGGCGAGGAACCCGCGGCCGGGGUCCCCGGGGGCGCUCUGGGUCUAAGGCCCCCGGGGGUGCGAAACGUCAGCCAGGGUUUCGGAGGGUCCAAGUAGACAAGGGGCCGCUAGCUGACCGCGCGGUUUCCGAAAUCGAGUCGAGAUGCCGCAGACCACUCCCGGCCGUGAGCCCCGCCUCGGAGGCGGGGGCCCGCCUGGCUAGCCAUCUGCUUCGCAUCGCCGCCGCCGCCUCGUCCCGGGGCCUCCCCGGCCCCAGGAAUGCAGCGGCAGAGGCAGGCGGGGCGGUGCCUGGGGAGGGCCGUCAGCCCACACCAGGCCUUCUCCUCCUCCGACGGGCUGGCCGAGGGACAGGGCUAGGGUGGUGGGUCAAGCUGGAGUUGGGGAGCCCUUGGCCUCCAAUAGUCCCGCCGGCCGACCUCGGAGGAGAAGGUGCCUUGGAAGCCCUGCAGAUGCUGGGGGGUGGGGGCGCGUACCGAAGAGAUGCCAAGGCCACACGAGGUUGUGAUGUCAUCCAGUGCGCCGUUACAUUAACGGUUCUAGUGUUGAGGGAGCAGGGCACACUGGAGAGGAUCCCAUGGUAUGACUCCUACCUGGUGGGCCUGGAGGAGCUCCCUGGAGCAGAGCCAUGCCUGGGAGCAAGUGGAGAGCCAGACAUUUCCCAGGUGCUCACCUGCUGCGCUGGCUGGAGGCAGUUGGGGGAUGAGUGUGGGAUCGCGGUGUGUGAAGGCAAUUCCACGUGCUCAGAAAACGAGGUGUGUGUGCGGCCAGGCGAGUGCCGCUGCCGACAUGGUUACUUCGGUGCCAACUGCGACACUAAGUGCCCGCGCCAGUUCUGGGGCCCCGACUGCAAGGAGAGGUGCAGUUGCCACCCGCACGGACAGUGCGAGGACGUGACCGGACAGUGUACGUGUCACGCGCGCCGCUGGGGUGCGCGCUGCGAGCAUGCGUGCCAGUGCCAGCAUGGCACGUGCCACCCGCGGAGCGGCGCGUGCCGCUGCGAGCCGGGCUGGUGGGGUGCGCAAUGCGCUAGCGCGUGCUACUGCAGCGCUACAUCAAGGUGCGAUCCACAGACCGGCGCCUGCCUGUGCCACGCAGGCUGGUGGGGCCGCAGCUGCAACAACCAGUGCGCCUGCAACUCCUCGCCCUGCGAGCAGCAGAGCGGCCGCUGCCAGUGUCGCGAGCACACGUUCGGCGCACGCUGCGAUCGAUAUUGCCAGUGCCUCCGCGGUCGGUGCCACCCGGUGGACGGCACGUGCGCCUGCGAUCCGGGCUACCGGGGCAAGUAUUGUCGCGAGCCAUGCCCCGCUGGCUUCUAUGGCUUGGGCUGUCGCCGUCGGUGUGGCCAGUGCAAGGGCCAGCAGCCAUGCACUGUAGCCGAUGGCCGUUGUGUGACCUGCGAACCAGGCUGGAACGGAACCAAAUGUGACCAACCCUGCGCCACAGGUUUCUAUGGCGAGGGUUGUGGCCACCGCUGCCCGCCCUGCCGCGAUGGGCAUUCCUGCAACCACGUCACUGGCAAGUGUACGCGCUGCAAUGCGGGCUGGAUCGGCGACCGGUGCGAGACCAAGUGCAGUAACGGCACUUACGGUGAGGACUGUGCCUUCGUGUGCUCCGACUGCGGCAGCGGCCACUGUGACUUCCAGUCCGGGCGCUGCCUUUGCAGCCCUGGUGUUCACGGACCUCACUGUAAUGUAACGUGCCCGGCCGGGCUCCAUGGCGUGGACUGCGCCCAGGCCUGCAGCUGCCACGAGGAAUCAUGCGACCCGGUCACCGGUGCCUGCCACCUGGAGACCAACCAGCGCAAAGGUGUGAUGGGCGCGGGCGCGCUGCUCACUCUGCUCCUCGGCCUGCUGCUCUCGCUGCUCGGCUGCUGCUGUGCCUGCCGGGGCAAGGACCCGGCGCGCCGGGAACUCACGCUCGGAAGGAAGAAGGCACCUCAACGCCUUUGCGGGAGCUUCAGCCGCAUCAGCAUGAAGCUGCCCCGAAUCCCGCUUCGCAGACAGAAGCUGCCCAAAGUCGUAGUGGCCCAUCAUGACCUAGACAACACACUCAACUGCAGUUUCCUGGAGCCGCCCUCGGGGCUGGAGCAGCCCUCUCCAUCAUGGUCCUCCAGGGCUUCCUUCUCAUCCUUUGACACUACAGACGAAGGCCCUGUGUACUGUGUGCCCCACGAGGAGGCGACUACCGAGAACCGCGACCCAGAAGCUGCUGCUCUGGCGGAGGUGCCCGCUCCAUCCCUAGCGCCCACGAGCACCCCGGCGCCCGCGGAGGAGGCGGCGGCUCUCCCCGCAUCCUCAGACAGCGAGCGCUCGGCGUCCAGCGUGGAGGGGCCCGGCGGGGCGCUGUACGCGCGUGUGGCCCGGCGCGAGGCCCGGCCGGCCCGGGCCCGAGCUGAGGCUGGGGGCCUGUCACUGUCUCCGUCGCCCGAGCGCAGGAAACCGCCGCCACCCGACCCUGCCACCAAGCCUAAGGUGUCCUGGAUCCACGGCAAGCAGGGCUCCGCGACCGCUGCACCGUCCCCGCCGCCCGCAGGCCGCAAGGCUGCGCCGAGCCCUAGCGGGAGGAAACGGACCCCCAGCAACACGUCGGUGCAGCCCCCGGGCCCGGCCGAGGAGGUCCCCGCCCCGGCCGCACCCUCGCCGCCCCGGGCCCGAGCGCGCGGCCGCGGCCCGGGUCCCUCGGAGCCCACGGACGCGGGUGGCCCCCCGCGCAGCGCGCCCGAGGCGGCCUCUCUGCUGGCAGCCGAGCUGCGCGACAAGACUCGCAGCCUGGGCCGCGCCGAGGGGCCGCCGGGACCACGCGACAAGCCGCCGCCGCCGCAGAAGGCCAAGCGCUCCGUGCUCCCCGCCUCGACGGCCCGCGCGUCCGCGGCGUCCGAGGCCGCGGCGCCCGAGAAGGCAGCGGCCGGUGCAUCCGCGCCCGAGACCCCUCGGAAGAAGACCCCCAUCCAGAAGCCGCCUCGGAAGAAGAGCAGGGAGGCGGCGGGGGAGCCGAGCAGGGCGGGAGCGCCGCCCGCAGCUUCCUAGGCCCGCAGCCCCGCGAGCCACCGCGUUUCUCGGCCUGGUGUCCCGCGGCCGCAGCGAAGCAUUUCAUUGGCCCAAGCACCUCGCGCCCGGCCCGGCCGAGGCUGUGUCCGAUCGGCCCAGGCUCCAGCAGCCGCCGCUUGGUUGGAUCUGCUCUCAGGCCUGACAGACACUUAGCUGGCUGCUCGCUCCCACUAGCAGUGUGGUGGAGCUUUUCUAGUAAUCUGCGUCUCAUUGGCCAUGGCUGGGAGAGCCUGCAGACUUCUCACUGGCCUAGAGUGUGCUUGGCUGGGCUAUUCCGUCACUGGCUGAUGCCGAGCGCGUUUGCCUCUUGGCUGCCUCUCAAUUGCCGGGGCCUGGUGCCUAUGGCUGUAGGGUCUUUUUCUUGAAGAUGACCAGAGGCUGCUUCCAUUGACUGGGCUCCUGAGUAUCUGGUUGACCUGAACCUGGGGGGGAGAGCUGGUCUCUGCCCCCUCAGGGGGCUCAGCGCACCUUGGCCUGUCCCUUCUCCACUGACACCAGCCCUGGUCCCUCAGCUGUCAAGCUGGUUUUGAUGGCCUCCCACCACCCCACAAUUGUGGGAACCCCAGGGGCGACUCUGGUGGCCUUAGAUGUAUUUAUAGGCCCCGGGCAGGGCUGCUCCCAUCCCAUCUGGGGCCUCCAGGAUGGGUUCCUCCUAGCAGGGCCAAGCCAAAGCUUUCUUAAUAAAACGCUU